CGAUGGCGAUUUUGGUGGAUGGGCCGCGACGGGCUGUGCGUUGCCGGCGAUUCCUAUCGCACGGAAGAUGCAUAGGAGCCCCCCUCUCCCUCUCCCUCUCCCCCUCCCCAGUCCCCAGCCAGGCAACCAAACGCUAGGCCUAGGCGGCGGCGCGGCUAGGCCACCAGUGGGCGGCGGCGAGGGCCCCCGCUCCGCACGAGGCACGACCGCGCCACCCGCUGCGGGCGGCCGGCGGUCCGGCAGGCCGCAGCCCGCAGGCGCGGCUCCGGCGCUCCGCCAGGUGCCAGCGACCAGUGGCGAGCGCCCUGAGCGCAAGGGGCAACCGAGCCCUUAACCAUCCAGGUCUGGACCAUAAAAAGGAGGAAGAGUGGCAGUGCCACUACUGAUUUGAGGUCUUUCUUGGAAAGUUGUCUUGUAAUUUGAUGGCCGAGCAAGGGGGGUCAUGUCUGAAUGCCUGAUGAGGCUAGCAGGCUACUAGCCUCAAAAAAGAACCCGAGCUGCCCAAAACUGUGACUCCCAAAACCCUAGCAACCUCGAUUCCUCCCUACCAUGGCCAUUGCCCCCUACAUACUCCGCCUCUCCCCGCUGCCACCGCUCGACGCGCCGCCCCUCCCCCAGCUCCGGCCUCAUGUCCGCCGCCGCAGGUCCGCCAAAGUAGCUGCUGCCGGCACCAGCUGGGCUCCCACCACCAGUGAAUCCGGCGACGGGGUCGGCGGCUGGUGGGUCCCCGAGCACGAGAAGCCAGUGGAACAGGGGCAGAGAAAGACUGGGUUUGGGAGAGCUGUUGCUGUCGGGCUGGGAGCUUCUGCGGCGAUCGCCUUGGCCGGGCUGGCGUGGCAGUCCCCAUCGUCCAGGAACUGUUUACAGCAACUCAUAGUUGCCCCAUUGCAUUAUGUUCAAGAGAAAUUGUCACCAGAGUCAGCAGAGACACCAAAUGAGGAUACAAGUGACAGAGAACCUGAUGAAGGAGUUUUCAGCACAACACCAGAUGAGAAGGCUGAAGCAGUUAUUGAUGAUUCAGUGCAAAAUAAUACAUCUGUUCGCAGCCACUUUUUAUUUAGAGCUCCUAUAGAUCCUGUACAUGAGGAGGCUUUCUCUAUAUUGAAGAAGCUACAGAUAAUUGAGAAAGAUGUUAGCCCCAGUGAUUUUUGUACUCGGAGGGAAUUUGCAAGAUGGUUUGUUAAGUUGUGCUCAAAGUUUGAGAGGAAAAGGAUGCAAAGAAUUGUUCCUAAUAAAUUAACUUCUGGCUCAAUCCAAAGUGCCUUUGAUGAUGUAAAUGUUGAUGACCCUGAUUUCUUGUAUAUCCAAUCUUUAGGAGAAUCUGGUAUUGUACCGAGUAGGCUAUCAAACUCCUUGGAAACUUCGACAAGUGGUUCUCCUAGUUGUCAGGGAAAUUCUUUAUUCCUGCCUGAGAGUUAUCUCUCUCGUUUUGAUCUUGUCAACUGGAAAGUGCUUGUGGAACAUCCACGUGCAUUGGGAAUAGACCAAAAGAUGCUGAAUCAAAAUGUACGCAUUUUGCAUGUUCGUGAUUGCCCAGAUGUGUCCCCAUCCAUGCUCAUAGAGCUGAUGGCUGGUGAGAACAACAUCAUCAGCAAAGUUUUCGGAAAUACAAGACGCCUUCAACCACUCAAACCUGUAACAAAAGCACAAGUAGCUGCUGCACUGACCAGUGGUAGAAUGGAGGAGGCAAUUCGGGAUGAGUUAAACAGAUUAGAAGCAGAAAACCAAGCCCAUCUUUCUGCCAUAGCUGAAAUAAUGGAAGAAUUAAUUAGCAGAGGAGAUAUACAACAACAAUGGGAGGAGAAGAUGAAAAAGGAGCAACAACGAGCUUUCAAAGUUGACAAGGAUCUUCAACAUGUGUUGCAUGAGCUUGCAAAUGAGAGGACAGGGAGAGAAAGAGAACUAGAAGACUUGUUGAAAGAAAAAGCAGCUUUAGAGUGCCAGAAUCAGGAACUCAUAAAUCUAAGGUCAGAAAUUGAUGGCAUGUAUGAUAGACUGGCAACUGAGAAUGCAAAGGUCAUGGCUGAUCAGCAGAAUUUGGAAAACCUGUUGUCGGAUAUAACCAGCAAGCAUCAAGCUGUCAAUGAAGCUAAAUCACAUCUUGAAGCUGAAAAGGAAGCCCUUACAAUGCUAAGGACUUGGGUGGAGGAGGAAGGAGCAAAAGUUCAUGAACAAGCUGAGACACUCAAGAAAGCUGUACGAAGAUGGCGAGUCCCAGUAGAUUGACCCCUGCAAGCUAACUAGGCAUUGCAUCGUUAAAGACUUCUCAAAAAUUUUGGAGCUCUUUGGUUUCAGCGCAUCUGCUGUCUGAUCUGGAUAAUUCUCAGUGGUGCUGAAUGGUCGACACCUCUUGUUCUCUGAAAUCCUCAUUUUCCAUUGGUGCUUCCUACUGACGUACUGCUGAGAUCGUCAUUUUCCUUUGGUGUUUCCUACUUGCUGCUGUAAUUCGAGUUUCGUGUAGACCUGGUUCUUUUUAUCUUUCCGCAGGCAAAUGUAGAUAUUUUGUUGCCUUGAUGUUGUGGUGCUCAAGUCUCAGUUGGAUCAUGAUUGCACUGUGUGUAUACUUUUGUCUGGAAACAGUCCCACUCUGUUCCGACUUGGCAUUACUUCACA